AUGGAUUCUACUCACUCAUCUUCGCUCUCCCCAGACAAUCCGUCUAAUCUCACGGAAAGUCAGCACAGCUCCGCCACAAGUGUGUCGACUCAACCGAAAAUUGAGGUCUCAGUCUGGUUCAGCGUGUUCAUUGGUAACCCUGAUUCAACAGGUCCUCGGUUCGAACAUGCGCGGUUCGAUGGAAAAAUCCCCAAGAAGUUGUUUGUCUUUCAGCGCAGCUUUGUUGGCACCGAUCGGGAGGGGCAAGAUUUUCGCGAACAACUAUCCAUUCUUCAUGCGAUCGUAUCGCUGUCGCUGACCUUUGCCGAUGAAAUGUUCGACUGCGUCCAAGAGGGAUGUAUUGUCUGCAAGUCAGGCCCUGUCAGCGCCCUCAUCCAUCGCCCUUUGUGCGUCACUGAAACUGGCUACCACCAGUUAUUCGAUUUCCAGGAGACUUACAGGCUCAUGUCGACAAUUGCCUCUCACACAGAGUCUAUAAAGCAGACAGGUCAGAUAAGCUGGAGCAUCGGCAGCUUCAUGAGUGACAGGCCAUAUGUCUGCUCACUUGCGCUACCUGUGUGCACGACUGACGGCGAGUGCUUUCGAAUUGCAACUGAGAGAGCCCAGGACUACAUUGAGGGAAUAAUUGAUGGAGAUGUACUGCCACAGCCAUUCAACUGUGCUAAAAUUGACAAGAUCACUGAAGCCGAAAAGCGGGGAGCACAUGGUCCCAGCACUCAUUCCAGCAACAAUGCAAUUGCCGAACACGACAACGAUUUCCAAUUGAAUUCAGCUGAUUUGUCAGUACCCGACAGUCCUCUCAAAGAAGGGCUUUACAAUAUCGGGACGACGAUGUUUGUCGGAACACCAAGUCUCCAGGUAAAGCACGCGCUUCCUCAAGGAGAACUUAGCUGCUUGGUACUGUCUACAACUUUCCCUCGGUCGGUAAUGCCGGAGAGAUCGAAAAACCAAGCAGAUGCCGCGAUUGAUUACUGCCGCGUUUCCGGAUAUUACGAGCAAGAUAUCCUUCAUCAUCUUGACCUUCGUUGCGCGGUAUGUCCCAACCCAGUAGCUGCUAGCACUCUGGUACACUUCCCGAUUGCAUUCCCUCGGACCCAUGGAGGCUGUCUUGAAGAUGGCUCGGUGCGAAAACUAAUCAUGGAACUUUGUCGCUUUGUCAACGGCACAUGGAAUUACCCGGAAAUGAACGCCGCCUUAGGCUUUGGUAAUGAUGCUCAUAUCUUCGAACUUGUGGUCCCCAUUUGCGAAACAAAAAGUAUCUGUGAGAAAGUUGCAAGGAUCUCUGCCCGAGAGUUUCUUAGAUUACUGACACCAUCUGGAACAUCUCUCCCGUUUCCCGGUCUAGAACCCGAUACCAAUCUCGCCGCCGUCCAUGCUAUGUUUCGAAGCUUCUCCGAAGAAGAGCCAGAGCCUGCGGAGUGCCUAGUAGAGAAGAUUGCACCGGAGUGUCUCAUAUCUGAAGAUGAACCCGAACGCAAAGACAGCCCGAAAGAUAGCACUUUGAGUGUGAGUAGUUUACGGCUUUGGUUCGAAAAUUGCCACAUGGAUCAGGAAGUCAGCCGUGAAUCCUUGAGUGAGAAGGCGCAAAAGGAAGAGGAUCAAGACCAGGUCGAAGUUGAGAAACCUGAGACCGAUGACUCUGUUGUUUGGGUUUUUGAUCUGGUGGAUCCCUCGCACCCAUUUGACGAGAACGAGGGGAACCCGGAAGCAAAGAUCACGGAUCCAGUGAUCGAGGAUUACCAAACCAAGGAGAUGUUUCAAACCUUACUGACCUGGGACUUCUGGUUGCUAUAUGAGGCUAUUACCAGUCAGGCUACCUUCGAUGGCACCGACUUCUCGGAGAACAAGGAAGCAAAGGAUGGAUACAAACACGGAGAUGGAGACGAUAAAGACAAUAUUACGGGCACUUAUGGCGGGUACAAAGGUUACGAUGGUACUGACGACGCUGACGAUGCGGCUGGUGAUACGGCUGAUGAUGCGGUUAGUGAUGCAGUUGGUGAUGAGCCUCGUGAUAACGCUGCCUUCAGUGCGGCUUUUACUGCUGGGUUUACUGCAGCAUAUCAUGCUUUCUACAACAAUGAUGGUUUGGACAAUGGCCGCGACAGUGACUCUGAGGAAGGUUCCGACGAGGGCUGUAACAACGAUUAUGACGUUGGUCACGAAGAAGGGGAAGAUACUGGAUACGACGACGGGUACGAAGAUGGAUUUAAGGAAGGACGCAAGGAAAAAGACAACAUAGAGGAUGAUGAAAGGGAGGACGAAGGGGCCGACGAAAAGGUCGCCAAUGGGGACAGUGCGUAUGAGAAAGGAUACGAUGAGGGUUAUGGAAAAGGUUAUGAUAAGGGAUGGGAUCAAGGCCAUGCGGAUGGUGUCUCUGGAGACGGAAGCAAAAGCAAGACGUGA